AGUUGUUACGAAGUAGAGGACAGAGCAACAUUGUGGUCUGAUAACAAGCAGCGCACUGAUAAUUGUGAUACAAUCUAUUCAUCGUAAAAAGCAACAAAACUGAAUAAAGUUAUUUAAUCUAUUCGGUGUACCACAAGAACAUUUAAUCGCUGUGCAUACAGCAAAAAGCUUCUCAUUCCGAACCACACGUUCACAUUGAAAAGGUCGAAUUGUCUUUCGCUCAACUUUUAAAUAAAUAUUUUGCUGAAAAUGGAUGUUUCACCACCAACUGCACUUCUCCAACCAAUUCAUGUCCCAUUAAAAACACUCAUGGGACCUGGCCCAUCGAAUUCGCCGCAACGGGUUUUGGAUUCGUUAUCAUUGCCGAUCCUGGGCCAUUUACAUCCGGAAACUUUGAAAAUCAUGGACGACGUGAAAUUGGGCUGCCAGUACAUCUUCCAAACCAAAAAUGAAGUAACAAUGUGCAUAUCGGCAUCGGGUCACGGUGGAAUGGAAGCGUCGCUUUGUAAUUUAAUUGAACCAGGAGACCGAGUCAUGUUUGGAGUUACGGGUUUAUGGGGACAUCGUGCUAGUGACAUGGCCAAGCGAUAUGGAGCCGACUGUAGAUUUGUCACGGCAGAAACUGGUUCCGCGUUGACAUUGGGUCAAAUCGAAGAGGCUUUGGUAAAGCAUCGACCAGCGCUAUUUUUCGCUGUUCAAGGGGAUUCGUCAACCGGGGUUCUGCAGCCAUUGGAAGGAGUAGGAGAAUUGUGUAGAAGAUACAAUUGUCUACUUGUUGUCGAUACUGUAGCGUCUCUAGGAGGAACUCCUUUCUAUAUGGACAAAUGGAUGGUUGAUGUUGUCUACACAGGUUCACAGAAAACUUUGAGCGCUCCGCCCGGCAUAACACCCAUCUCGUUCAGUCCAAAUGCAAUGCAGAAAGUAUUGGGCAGAAAAACUCCGAUCGCCGUCUAUUACUGGGACAUUAAUUUGGUUGGAGAUUAUUGGAACUGUUUCGGACGGCCAAGAAUAUAUCACCACACCAUUUCCCCAACACUUCUUUACGGAUUACGUGAAGCUCUGGCUAUAUUUAGUGAGGAAGGAAUGUCACAAUUCAUCAAACGUCAUCACGACUGCAGUUUAAAAUUGAAGGCAGGUCUGAUAGCGCUUGGAUUGGAAUUGCUGGUUACCGAUGAAAAAUAUCGACUGCCGACAGUUACAGCGAUCAAAGUUCCAGCGAACGUUGACUGGAGAGCUGUCUGUGAAUAUGCAAUGAAAAAUCAUUUGUUUGAGAUCUCUGGUGGAUUGGGACCGACAGCCGGAACUAUUUUUCGUGUUGGAUUGAUGGGAACAAAUGCAACGGAAGAGAAGGUCGAUCGGCUGCUGGAAAUGCUCAAAGAGGCGUUAACUCAGACAUCUUCGUUCUUUGACAAAUCAAAAUUGUAAGAGGACAACACCGGCUCCAGUGAUUCAAUUAAUAUUUCGGUCGUGAAAACUACUAUCAAAAGCCAAAAAAAUAUAUUCUAAGUCUCA